GAGCCGAGUGGAGCAGAAAUUCCGAGGGGAGCCGAAAGGCAGUCUGUAUUCUCCUCCAUGAAUGCGGUUGACAGUAGUCAGUUGAGUGUCACAAUACGUAAUUGUCGCAAUAAUUUGGAAAUACUGACGAAAAGCGUGUGUAAAUAAUGUGAGAGAAUGACAUCUUAGCAGUGGAUUUUAGUUUAAGUAUUAGAUUCCAUCUGUAAGUAUUAAUUAGAGCUCAUGAAGUUGCUUUAAUGGCGGCCAUGUCAUGAAGAUAUCCAGCCAGUGCGGUGGAUCUACAAUGGAAGAUAGUUCUCCGUCACAAAACCACAAUGGACAGUUGGGACCUUCUGGUGGUGCAGUCAACGUAGGAAACAAACAAAAUGAAGAAGGGAGUCAAAUAACGCAAUAUUCUAUACCAGGAAUACUGCAUUUCAUUCAACAUGAGUGGGCAAGGUUCGAAAUGGAGAGAUCGCAGUGGGAAGUGGAUAGAGCCGAAUUGCAGGCCAGGAUAGCGUUUCUUCAGGGCGAAAGGAAAGGUCAAGAAAAUUUGAAAAAUGAUUUGGUCCGAAGAAUAAAAAUGUUGGAAUAUGCACUCAAACAAGAAAGGGCAAAGUAUCAUAAAUUAAAAUAUGGUACAGAAUUACAGCAAGGUGAUGUUAAACCUCCAAUUUUUGAUGAACCAGGUGGGCCUGAAGCACCGGUUGAUGGAGAGGCCCCUUUCACUACAGUAAGCAAUGUUAGUUGGAGGCAAGGCAGGCAGCUUCUAAGACAGUACCUUCAAGAAAUCGGCUAUACAGAUACUAUAAUAGAUGUAAGAUCAAAUAGGGUCAGAGCACUACUAGGUAUCAAUAACAAUGCUGAAAAUGAAGAAAACCAGAACAAUGCAGCAGUUGUUACAAACGUUAAUGGGAAUGAAUCUUCCAACAAACGUGCUAGUGAAAGCCAGGGACGUCGGACUCCAGCGAAGAAGGCUCCUCCGUCUUUGACAGAAGCAAUGAUUCUUGAUACGGAAGCUGCAGUUAUGUCAAGUUUUGAAUUCUUGGCUCAGGAAGAAGUUGAUAUGGAUGACGAUGAUGACAUGAGUGAUGACUUGGAUGAAGCACCAGAUGACGAACAGGAUGAUGUUAAGACAGCUAAGCGCAAAGGGAAGAGUCUAAUGCUGAACGAAAGUCUUACAGAUGAUGUUGAUGCUGAAGCAGAAGAAGUUUUAAAUGAACUCAAUAUGCUGACUGAAGUGGAAGAUUCAGGAGGGGAUAUACAUUCUCAAAAUGAUCCAGGUUGGAGGGGUAGAGGGUUGGGCUUCCAGGUAGGCAGUGGUCAUCGCAGGCAGCUAGGUCCAGGUCUGGGAGACGAUGAGGUCCUGGAUUCAACGCUUGGUUUGGGAGAUCUGGCACAACUCACAGUAAAUAAUGAGGCGGAGGCUGCAUAUGAUAUUGCUGCAACUAAAGAGUCAUAUAGGAAGACAUGGACUGCUAAAUACACUUUACGCAGUCACUUUGAUGGGGUGCGUGCGCUGGCGUUCCACCCUGUGGAGCCCGUUCUUAUUACAGCGAGUGAAGACCAUACGUUAAAGCUGUGGAACUUACUGAAAACUGCACCUGCCAAGAAGUCUGCGUCUCUGGAUGUGGAACCUCUGUAUACGUUCCGGGGACAUACGGGUCCUGUCUUGUGUCUUGCCAUGACUGCUACAGGAGAGCAGUGCUACAGUGGUGGUCUCGAUGGUAACAUUCAUUGUUGGAACCUGCCAUGUACAAAUAUAGAUCCUUAUGAUUCAUUUGAUCCAGGUGUUCUGACAGGCAGCAUGGAGGGACACACAGAUGCGGUUUGGGGUCUUAGUAUACAAAGCCAGCAGCUGCAGCUGCUUUCAUGUUCUGCUGAUGGAACGGUGAAGCUGUGGUCUCCAACUAGUAAAAUGCCUCUUCUGUCUACAUACACUUCAGAACAAGAUGGUGCUCCAACAUCAGUUGAUUUUAUUAGAGAUGAGCAGAAUCGAAUGGUGGCAGCAUACAAUUCAGCACAUUGUGUCAUUUUUGAUAUAGAAACAGGAAAACAGCUUCUGCGUCUUGAGACAAGUCCAGAAGUUGACAAUAAUGUAAUGGGUCGCCAAAUAAAUUGUGUGGUGGCUCAUCCUCUUCUUCCAUUGACAAUCACUGCCCAUGAGGAUCGACAUAUUCGAUUCUUUGACAACACGACUGGCAAGCUGGUUCAUUCAAUGGUUGCUCAUUUAGACUCUGUUACAAGUCUAGCUGUUGAUCCGAAUGGCCUGUAUCUUCUCUCAGGAAGUCAUGACUGCAGUAUCCGUCUGUGGAACCUGGAAAAUAAGACGUGUGUACAAGAAAUCACAGCUCACCGCAAGAAAUUCGACGAGAGUAUAUUUGAUGUGGCUUUCCACCCAUCCAGGCCCUACAUUGCCAGUGCAGGCGCUGAUGCACUUGCAAAGGUGUUUGUGUGAAGUUAUUGGUAAGGAACAUGAUGUACGACCAGAAAAGUGCAAGACUUUUUAGAGUGCAACACGCGUUUAUUGUUUUUAAUUUUAUUUUUUUGUUCUCGAAUCUGGUGAGUUAUUCUAAUAGGAGGGAAGACGGACAAAGGGAGCGGAUAAGUUUUUUAUGUUCUCAGUAUAAUUUCCCUCUUCAUACCAGUACAUCCAUGUGAGUGGGACGGACAAGCGGUUAAAAUUGAAGUGUGUUCAGAAGACUAGAACAAUAUUGUGUUUGUGUACAGUAGAUUUCUAAACUGAAAUUACUUUGCAUUGAUCUGCCACAUCGUGCUUCUUCAUUUUUGCUCAGUCUGCGCAGAACAGAUUUUCUCCCUUUACUUACUUUUUUGUGUUGAGUCCACACUCUUCUGACCAGAAUCACGAAUAUAUUUGAUAACAGUGAUUCUUCAGCUGAAGAUUAUGCUGAAUGUACAAUAUAACUUUACAUCAUAAACUGUUAAGAAUGCUUUUAUUGACAGUCUCUUGAUUUUAUACACCCAGACUGACAGUAGCUAGCUCAGAGUUUUUGCAUCCCUCCCCAUUCUCACCUGCUCUAUGUGAAGAAAUUGAGGAGACAUUUUCAUUGUAAUUGUUAUGAAAAUUGUGGUAUUUCAAUUUUGUGAUUUUUUUUUUUCUUUUUUAAAAAGAAAGAAGACUGCACAUUGUGUGCAAUUGGUACCUAUACCCAAUUAGCACAGUAUUAAAUUAAAAAGAAUCAUAAAAUGUGUGUUUAAUUGUAAACUACUGUAUCUAAAGUAGAACUACUUUGUAGCUUCAGAAUUAAUAUAUGGUCAUUUCAUUUUUAAUCUACUUUGUAUAUUAUAUGUCAGUAAUCUAGAAGCAAACAUUUUCUAUUUACGGACUGUAAAUUUAUGUUAAACACACAAUUUCUCCUUAUUGAUAAAUAUUAAAUAUUUCAUAUAAAUUAUUUACGUGUGAAGAUUUUUUAACGACCUGAAGCCACAUUGGUUGUUGAUGACAUAAUUUGAAAUUUAUUCUUAAUAGAACAACGCCUGUACACUAAUGUGAAAAAGGCAAUUUUAGUCUUAAUUUUUUUAUAUUUAGGGCUCCAGGGCUUUGUCCACUACAUAUAUCUGCUCAUGGAACAGGUGGAAUGUUAUUGCGGAGAAAAAAAUAAA